GGUUCAAGUGCAGGUUUUCUCCUUGAACUGAGAAGAUUAUGGGUCAAGAGCUGUGCACCAAGAGGCUACAGCCUGGAUGCGGCUGCGCUCACUGUCCGGAGGGCGGUGAGGCACCCGGCUGCCGGAGGAGUCAGCCUGGAAGCAUGGAGGCUGCCCUAGAGCUAACAGACCUAAAAGAAGCAUCAUGUUCUAUGACUUCAUUUCACCCCAGGGGACCCCAGGCUGUCAAUGCCCGGAAGUACAUGAGUAAAAGGCCACGGAGUAACAGUGAUUCUUUUAAGGAGGAGGAUGCUGGGCAGGGGUUCCAAUGGAGGAAGAGCCUUCCUUUUGGCGCAGCCUCCUCCUACUUGAACUUGGAGAAGUUGGGUGAAGGUUCCUAUGCUACGGUUUACAAGGGGAUUAGCAGGAUAAAUGGACAACUAGUGGCUUUAAAAGUUAUCAGCAUGAAUGCAGAGGAAGGAGUCCCAUUCACAGCUAUCCGGGAAGCUUCUCUACUGAAGGGUUUGAAGCACGCCAAUAUCGUCCUCUUGCAUGACAUAGUUCACACCAAAGAGACACUGACAUUCGUUUUUGAAUACAUGCACACGGAUCUGGCACAGUACAUGUCUCAGCAUCCAGGAGGGCUUCAUCCUCACAAUGUCAGGCUUUUCAUGUUUCAACUUUUGCGGGGCCUGGCGUACAUCCACCACCAACACGUUCUUCACAGAGACCUGAAACCUCAGAACUUGCUCAUCAGUCACCUGGGAGAGCUCAAACUGGCUGAUUUCGGUCUUGCUCGGGCCAAGUCCAUUCCUAGCCAGACAUACUCUUCAGAAGUUGUCACCCUCUGGUACCGGCCUCCUGAUGCUUUGCUGGGAGCCACUGAAUAUUCCUCUGAGCUGGACAUAUGGGGUGCAGGCUGCAUCUUCAUUGAAAUGUUCCAGGGUCAACCUUUAUUUCCUGGGGUUUCCAACAUCCUUGAACAGCUGGAGAAGAUCUGGGAGGUAUUGGGCGUCCCUACAGAGGAUACCUGGCCUGGAGUCUCCAAGCUACCUAACUACAAUCCAGAAUGGUUCCUGCUGCCUAAGCCUCAAAGCCUUCAGAUUGUCUGGAACAGGCUGGGCGGGGUUCCUGAAGCUGAAGACUUGGCCUCCCAGAUGUUGAAAGGUUUCCCCAGGGACCGGGUGUCUGCCCAGGAAGCACUGGUUCACGAUUAUUUCAGUGCCCUGCCUUCCCAGCUGUACCACCUUCCUGAUGAGGAGUCUUUGUUCACAGUUUCAGGAGUGAGGCUAAAGCCAGAAAUGUGUGACCUUUUGGCCUCCUACAGGAAGGGUCACCUCCCAACCCGGCUUAGCAGAUGCUGGUAAGAAGAAAGGGUGAGGCCACCACGGCCUUUCCAGGGCUACUUUCAGGCUGUUUCAGUUUUAUUUGCUUACUAAGAAGCUUCAAAUCUAAUUCUGUAUUGGACCAGGGGUUUACAUCAUCACCUAUGACCUGGAUUGUUUUAGAUAUGAUGCUCAAGCACAUAAUACCUAAAGAUAGAGCCAUUGCUUUAUAACUGCAGGUUAUUGCUAUUCUCAUUGUCUAGAAUUUGACGAUGAUUGGACUCAAAACGGAACAUAGAGUACGAGUUUAAGAAGAAGACUUCUAAACAGUUCCAGUCAUUUUGAUCCAUCCUUGGGUCACAAGGCUGAUUUUCCAAUGCAAGAAGCAGGAGACUGACAAUUGAGAGAACUUGGAAACAGAGUGAGGCUUACUGAGGCCUGUCACUUUUGUAUUUACUUACAAUUUACUCCAAAAAAAAAAAAAAAACUUGUGUGGUAAGGAGAGGAUUAGUUUAAAGUUUAGAUGUCUCCGGGAAAAAUGAUCUCUUAGAUAAGGUUGUCAACAAAAUGACUUGUUGAAGAGUACUUGUUAUCAUUUCCUUGUGUAUGGGGUGCUUCUUCCUUACUCACCAGACUAUUGGAAUGUAAUACCACCCCACUCCACUCAGAUUUUAGGAGUUUGAAUUGAGCUGCUGGAUAGAACUGAAUUUCAAGCUAUCUCCUAUUUCACCCUCGUGGUCCGUGGCGAUGGCAAAAGUAAUAAGCAAUCUCAGUCAGCAGUUGAUGGUGCGAUACAAGAGUAUCUACAAAGAUGUGAUUCAGGCCUUGUUGAGCCAUCAGACAUGCAUGUGCACACGCAUAUACCCAUCAAGUAAAAGGAGAUCUGCCUGUGCCAAUACAGCGUUUCCUACAAUGACUCAUUCUAAAACAAGCCAGGGAAACUCAAAUUACUUCAUCUGGGUAUCAUCUCAGGAAAUAUCGGAGUCUUGAAACCAGAGACCUCUAUGUAUCCUUUUGAAGAACAAGGGAAAACCAAUUAAGAGAGAAUUGAAAAAUGGUAACUGUCUCCCAGUAUCUGAGAUGGAAGAGGAAAAAUGCAUAGACAGACCAAAGAAAUCUGCCUUUCAUGAGUGUUAAGUAAGGCAUUGGACAAAGCUUGUCCAGAUGUACCUGAAAUGUGAAAUGGUGUGGGCUGGAUGAUGGGGCAGACAGGUGUCCAGCUCAGAGAACAAUAGUUAUUCAUUCAACCUAAAGGAAGGCCAGUAGUGAUGUGGUAAAGGGCUCAUUACUUGUGUCUUGCCCUAGUCAAAUAUUUUUAUGAAUUACUUGAAUAAAAUCAGAGAACCCAUACAACUUAUAAUACAACUAUUAUGAUGAUUGAUUUAUUAUUUUCAUUUAUGAAAGAAGAAACUGAGGCCCAGUGAAUUAACUCUGCCAUAGUAGUAUGCCAGAGUUCAGAUGCAAACCUCAGGCCUGACUUUCUCAGUGUCUCUGAUCUUUCCAUUAACUACAGGCCCAUCAGAUCUGUAGAAUAUGCAACUCUUUUGAAGAGGCAGCUGAUCUGUAGCACAGGAUUCAGAAGACUAAGAGCUAAUGAGUAACAACCCAAAGCCAUAUUUAUUCCUAUCAAAUUUUAUCUGAUUUUAAUUCUUAUUCUAUGUUGGUCUUUAAAUGCCUACAAUUUAAGUAAGGCUAUGACUUAGUAGGAAACAGCACUUUGAAGUACAAUGUGAAUUAAUGGUAUAAUCUGGCUGCCUCCAAAAGAUAGUGCUAAUGCUUUUAGGCCACAUAAAUGAAGGGCUAAGAUGUUGUCCUAAGAAAAGGAAAUAGUCUUCUCUCUAUAGAUUGGACCAUAUUUAAAUUAUUAUGUUCAACUCUACGCAUUUCAUUUUAAAUGUCAUAUUGAAAUAUUUAUUGUACACCUAUUAGUUUGCAGAUCUAACCCUGAGUAAUCCUCUUAAUAAUGCUAAGAUUUCAGUGCAGUUGGUUGCCAUUUUACAAAGAAGAUUAAGAAUCAAAUGUAAGUAGCUAGGAUUUGAUGCACAAACUCUGUUCCCAAAGCCUGUGCUUUCCCCAGCCCACCUCCAACUCUGCAUGCUUCAGGGAAGGCGAAGAGAAGCAUGUGGACCAAGCUACAAGGAGAAGAAGCUACAAGAAAAGAAAACUCAGGGUGAGAGAAAUCCAAUCUAGGGGAUUCAAGGAUGUCACAAAGCAAGUGGCUGGCAUGCCCACAUGGAUGGCCACAGUUAGGACAGAUCGAAAGCUUAAGGAUGCUUCUUAACUGAUGUAACAGGAAGAGUCUUUGAAGGGUUUCGCCUGUCCAUGUGUUCCCACAAAUAAAAAAAAGUGGUAAACUUCCACUGCACCCACCCCUCCCCCCAAAACAUGAAGGCCUGUAGAAGGGAUUUCCAUUGUAGAGGUUAGAACUGCUGGCCACCAACAUUCUCUGAUAAUGACUCCUCAACAGCUGUGAAUAGACCACGUUUGGAAUUUGGGUCAGAUUUUGUCAUUGCAAAAAUAAAUAGACUUGUUUUAUUUUCUAAGAAAGGCUAUUUUAAAAUCUACAUUGACACACUUGCUCUCUUUAAUUAUAAUGAAAGAUAAAUUGUGCUUGUGCUUCAUUUUCUUUCUUCUUUAAUUAAUGGAGUUACCUGUUCAAAAACUUAA